AUGGAAGUACAACCAGAAUCUGCUAAAAGUGCAACUGGAAACUUACCAUUGUACGCAAAAUUUACAUGUGAUGUUCAGUUAAAAGACACAAUUAGAACACUUACGUGCUUCGUUACAACGAUCGAUUUGAACGUAUUCGGAUUGGACUGGAUAACUGCUUUUCAACUUAGCGAUAUGACGCUUAAUGCUAUUUGCAGCCAAAUUUCAACAACAAAACAGGGAAGUAAUGUUUCCAUAAAAUCUUCAAAUUGCAAAUUUCUUCCGGAAAAAUUAUUUCCAGAACUUUUCGAUAAUGCUAUGGGUCUUUGUAAUAAAACUAAGGCACAUUUAAUUAUUAAACUAAACUGUCAACCUGUUUUUCGACCUAAGCGCCCGGUAGCAUACGCAGUUCAACAUUUGGUUGAAGAAGAAAUUAAGCGACUUCAAGAUCUCGACAUUAUCGCACCCAUCAAUUACUCUGACUGGGCCGCAACAAUCGUAGUUAUCAAAAAGCCAAAUGGUAGCAUUCGUAUUUGCGCUGAUUUCUCAACUGGUCUUAACGACGCGCUUGAAUCUUACAAGUAUCCACUACCGCUUCCAGAGGAUAUUUUUGUAAAAAUUAGCAAUGCAUUAGUAUUUAGUCAUAUAGACCUUUCGGACGCUUUUCUCCAAAUAGAAGUUGAUAGCAAAUCGCAAGAACUUCUCACAAUAAACACGCAUCUAGGUUUAUUCAAAUACAAGCGUAUGGUAUUUGACGUCAAAACUUUUCCGGCAAUUUUCCAACAAAUUAUGGAUAAAAUGCUUGCGGGCUUACAUUGCGCAGCUGCUUACAUUGACGAUAUCUUUGUCUCAGGUAGAAACCAACAAGAGCAUGACAACAACUUACAGGAAGUUCAACAACGUAUUUAUCAAUACGGGUUUAAACUCAAGAUCGCAAAAUGCAAUUUUUCAGCUCCUGAAAUUGCUUACUUGGGAUAUAUUGUCAGUAAAGACGGCAUUCGCCCAGAUCCAAAAAACAUUGAAGCAAUCAAGACAAUGCCUGCGCCAACCAAUCAAUUCGAACUUAGAUCACUCUUAGGUGCUAUCAAUUUUUAUGGAAAAUUCAUAAAUCACAUGCGCAAAUACCGAGGACCAUUAGACGAACUACUUCAAAACCACAAGCAGUGGCAAUGGACGGAACUUCAUCAACGCUGUUUGGAUGGUUUCAAGCAAAUUUUGUCAUCAGAGUUAUUAUUAGCGCAUUACGAUCCACUGAAAAGCAUAGUAGUCGCUGCAGAUGCAUCUAACUAUGGGCUCGGAGCUUGCAUUUUUCAUGAAGCUGACGACGGUUCAAUGAAAGUAAUAUGUCAUGCGUCCAGAUCACUGACGCCCACAAAAAGACAAUAUAGCCAAAUAGAAAAAGAAGCUCUUGCGCUUAUUUUCGCGGUUACGAAAUUUCACAGAAUGGUUUUUGGGAGAAGAUUCAAACUUCAAACAGAUCAUAAGCCUCUUCUAGCUAUAUUUGGUGAUAAAACUGGAAUUAAGGUGCAUCAAGCAAAUAGACUUCAACGUUGGGCAAUUAAACUGAUUGCAUACGACUUCGAAUUAAAGUUUAUUUCAACUAACAGUUUUGGGUAUGCAGACGUUUUAUCACGACUCAUACAUAACACAAUCAAUCCUUCAGAAGACUAUGUCAUCGCUGCAGUAGAGUUUGAAAUUGAAAGUAAACAAAUUUUACAUAACUCACUUGAUAAGCUGCCGCUUACCAGCAAAAUAAUUACUUACGAAACAGCUAAGGACAAGGUUUUAGCUAAAAUUCUCGAAUAUGUAACGGAAGGAUGGCCAUCAAACUGCAACAACAGUGAGUUAAAAGCUUACUUUAACCGAAAAAACGACAUAUGUAUAGUUGACGGAUGUUUAAUGUUCGGACAACGCAUUAUUAUACCUCAAAUUUUCCGAAAGCGCAUUCUUAAAGAAAUUCACCGAGGUCAUCAAGGCAUAAGUCGUACUAAAGCCAUCGCGCGGAACUACGUUUAUUGGUCAAAUAUCGAUUACGAUAUUGAAGCAAUGGUGAAAAGUUGUUCAAAUUGUGCCGCAGCAGCUAAAAUGCCCACAAAAACAACUUUACAUCCUUGGCCAAAACCUUCUGAUUCUUGGGAACGGCUCCAUAUUGAUUAUGCAGGACCAAUAGAUUCAUACUACUAUUUGGUCGUAAUCGAUGCGUUCUCAAAAUGCCCAGAAAUUAUACAAACAAAAUCUAUAACAGCAACUCAAACAAUUUCCAGCUUGAAAAUUGUUUCGCUAGAUUUGGGUUACCGAAGACAAUAG